ACAAUGUAUUUAUUCCUCAUGAAAAUGAGAUGGUGUCAGACGUGAUUUUAAGCUCUGUGCUGAAGACGUGGUCAAAACUGGCCAAGAUAUCAGUGCCUCCCCAGCUGUUUACCUACCGUGGAGGGGUGGGUGGCCUCGGGCACUGAGCCCCGUCUGUAACGCCGUGAAGGUCUUCACCUCCGCUGGGUGUUGUAUUCAGGCUGCUGAAAGUGUCUCGUCUGUCCUCCAGUGUCCAGCACUGUCUGUCCACGUAACGCCAACAUUCCCUCCGCUGCCCUUCCUGCUGCCGUGACCACCAGCUUCACCCCCUUGUACCUCUUACACCCUUGGCUCCCACAGUAAACUUGACCAGUAUCAGUCAAGGCACCGGAACAGCUUGUUUCCUGCUUACCGGACCCAUUUCCUGUCCCCGAAACCACGCCCCCCCAGCUGGCUGUCGGCUGUAGCGGUACGUUCGUGUGACGGUCGUGCUCUUGACGCCCCACACGUCGGGAUGGUCAUUGAAUGCCACCCUGUUUGUUGCAGCGUCCGGCUUCCUGUGUGUCGUUGGCGUGUUCUCUCUGGGGGCUGGGCUUCUUGUACGAAGCGGCGCUUGGGCAGUACGGGUUGCGCUCAACGUGGCUCUGAAGGUCCAGGAGUGUGUUUCCAGUGGGCUGCGACCCCAAGCACACCAUGCUCCACCUGAGGUCAGUUACACACCAGGCUCGGGACCCUAAGGGGUCAAGCAUGUUGCUGGUAAGUAAGAGGAUGAGUUGACCCUGCAAGUCAAAACUAGAACUUCAACACCGUUGAAGGACUGAAGUCUGGACCUGGUUGACCAGCGCUGGCUUUACACGCAGUGCCACCACGCUAAUCGGUGCGAAACCGUUGAUGGGAAUUAAACGGGCAACACAACUGGCCAUUAGUUGUCAACCACGAUUGACCGUUUAGUCCCCAGAAUUGGAUCCUUUCUUCAGUUCGCUUUUCGAGGUUGAACUCCGAGAUGAGGGGAAGUUCUCAGACCGCCGAUUUCAGGUCUUGGGACACGUCGCUGGCUUCGUCCCGGUCAUCGCGAAGUGGCGUGGAGAGUCGGUCCCGUCCACCUUUGAGUGUGACGUGAUGUGUCGCCCAUCAGCAUGUCGCCCAUCAGCCAGUCGCAGUUCAUCCCUCUGGGCGAGAUCCUGUGCCUGGCCAUCUCGGCCAUGAACGCGGCGCGGAAGCCGGUCACGCAGGAGGCGCUCAUGGAGCACCUGGCCACCUGCUUCCCAGGUGUUCCAACGCCGAGUCCGGAAAUCCUCCGACACACACUGAACAUGCUGGUGCGGGAGAGGAAGAUUUACCCCACGCCGGAAGGGUACUUCAUUGUGACGCCACAGACAUACUUUAUAACCCCCUCACUCAUUAGGACUAACAGCAAGUGGUAUCACCUGGAUGAGAGGAUACCUGACCGACCGCAGCAGCAGUGCACCUCCCCUCAGUCGGGGACCAUCACCCCGUCCGCCUCGGGCUGCGUGAGGGAGCGGCCCCACUCCAAAAACCACUGCGACUCUUACAACUCGUACCGUGAUGACCUGCACAGCCUACAUGCCUCCACUAUACAGCGCAAGUCUCCCAAGGACCCAAAGGACUCGUACCCCACGCCACCGCCGCAGCCUCCGCCUCCGCAGCCCGCGCAGUCACCGCACCAGGGUGCAGCCACCGACAAGAGCAAGAGCUCCCUCAACGUUUCCUACAAAACUGACACGUUGACCAAGCGCAAGGAGGGCGGCGGCGGCGGCAGCAGCGGAGAGAAGCAAUCCAAAAAGUUUGGGCUGAAGCUGUUUCGGCUGAGCUUCAAGAAGGACAAGACGAAACACCUGGCCACCUUCUCGGCCCAGUUCCCCCCGGAAGAAUGGCCCCUUCGGGAUGAGGAUGCACCCACCGCCAUCCCCCGGGAUGUGGAGAUGGAAAUCAUCCGGCGGAUCAACCCGGACCUAACAGUGGGGAAUGUGAUGAGGCACACGGCAGUGAUGAAGCGGCUGGAGGAGGAGCGGGCACAGCGCAGUAAGGCGAGCUCCUCGGCCCAGCACAGCGCACGCAGUCGCCGGAGCCGUGGCCACCGCAAAGCCCACGGCAAAUCCCGUUCGCACAGCAAGACGCGGGCCUCGCGGGGUGACCCCUCCGAGGGCUCCAACCUUGACUUAGCCGGUGAGCGGGACUAUCGGCUCUACAGCUCCUCGUUGGUACGCUCGCCGCGGGACGGCAUGUUCUCCGUGGACCGUAGCAGAGGGAAUUGCCUUGUUCACAGCAAUCCCAACAUUGUGGAGUCCCAUUUCCCUGUUACGCCCGAGUGGGACGUGUCUGGCGAGUUGGCUAAGCGGAGGACGGAAAUGCCCUUCCCGGAGCCCUCCAGGGGCACCUCGCACUCCAAGGUCCAUCGGAGCCACAGCCACACGCAGGACCGGAAGUCACGCAAUGAGCGCUCGGACAAGGCCAAGGAGAGGUCUCGAUCUAUGGACAACUCAAAGGGUCCGUUGGGGGCCGCUUCCAUGGGCACAGCUGAGGACUUCGACUGUAGCCCAGACGACCGGAGCCGCUACUACACUGAUGACGGCACGCUGCGGGCCUCCCAGACACCCCACUACUCUCGCAUCAUGCUUUCUGCUGCUAAGUUUAACUCGGAAAUUUGCGUGCCUGAUAUCGGAAAAGGGAACCUGGACGACUCCAGGCUUUGUUGUCCGCUGGAGAAGAACAACAGUAGGGACAGUUUGCCGGCCUACAGCGACCUAAAGUCAUGCUCACCCAAGCCCUCGGCUGAUGACUACUUCCAGUGCAAUACGUCGAACGAGACCAUUCUCACUGCUCCCUCACCUCUGGGAAAGCAGGAGCACGAUACUCUGACGUCCUCGGACGGAGUCAGGAAGGGGUCCCUACCCGAAAGGCAGACCCCACACCUCGCCUCGCCCCACUCCGUGGAGUACAAAGAGGACUCGCCAAAGGGACAAAACAGCGCUGGGUUGCCGGCACCGAGCCAGACACCAGAGCCCGUACCCAACGGGCGUCUGGUACAUCAACACAAUGCCGAUGGCAGCAGUGCCGACAAGCGGAAGGAGAUAUUCAGCAAAGACACUUUGUUCAAACCCCCUCACAGUGCUCUGACCAUGGGCUACGCGGAGGGCAGCCACUCCAAGUCGGGCACGCUACGCAAGUCGCCUCACGCUAAGUCGUCAGAGGUCCUCGACUGCCUGGAGGCACAGUCGGCUUCCCCUGGGAUGCCUACAGCCCCGGGCCAGGAGCAGUCCUCGGCUGCCGAGGCCACUUUCGACUACUACAACGUCUCGGACGACGACGACUCGGAGGAUGCAGCCCGGAAGGCGUCGGCGGAGGACGGCAAGGGCCGCGAAGGUGGCGGCACCAUGCAGUGGCUACUGGAGCGCGAGAAGGAGCGCGACCUGCAGCGCAAGUUUGAGAGCAACCUAACACUCCUGAGCCCCAAGGAGACAGAGAACAAUAGCAGCCAGAAGUCGGCCCACUCGGCACGUCUCGACAGCAUGGACAGCAGCAGCGUCACAGUGGACAGUGGAUUUAACUCCCCACGCACCAGGGAGAGCCUCGCGUCCAACACCUCCAGCAUCGUAGAGAGCAACCGGCGCCAGAACCCGGCCCUGAGCCCGGGUCACAUCGGCACCACCGCUGUCGGACCGCCGCCGUUCAGCUUCCGUGCCAUCCCGGAGCCGCCCUCUGCCCCGUCCGAGAAGCUGCAGAAGUCACCCAACUGCCUGGCUUCCAUCACCAGCGUGUGACGGCCGCAGCCCGCAGCAAACAGGAGGCCGCGCCCACAGGAGCCGCCCGCUGGCCACGCCCCCGAGCCACACCGCAGGCAUGACUGCCGACACCAACUCCAGACCUGUCGCCACUGAGUCACAAGGUUUAGCCUGAACAACGUUCUGAAAUAGUCCUGGAAGAUUUUAUUUUCUCUUAUUUACGUACUGCAAUGCUUAUUGCGAGGAUUCCGCCACAUGGCCCCGGUUUUCCUCACAGCACCAAGUAUAAACUCUUAAUUUGAAAAUGUGUUUUUGCCAUUUAAAUCGAGAAAUUCUUGUUGGAGAAAAAUAGGAGUCAGCUGAGGAAAUGUUCACAUAUCCUAAGAAAGGGUCCCUAUGAAGUAUAUUUCUCUAAAGAUUUUUUUCAUGAUUUUUUUUUUUCCUCCUUUAUAUUUAAUUGAGAAGGCACAGCACUGGAAAAGGAAAAAUGAAGGUGAUUGCGAUUCCCGAUUUGAAAUCCUAUGAACUGGGUGGGUGCAAAAAAAAUGAAUUCAUAAGCAAUGCCACAUUUAAGUUGGCUUAACUGUGCAUCUUCUACACUGCAAAACAUAAUCUGGUUUUCUCACAAAGCCAUAUAUCUGAAAAGAAGAAUGUAAAGCACUAAUGUCCCUCAUGCAUCUGAAGUCUUGUGCAACGAUGAGAACUUCUUAGGACUUAAACUUUGCGCUAUUUGAUAAGGUCAUAAUGUGAGAAAACCGGUACCUGGCGGUCGGUUAUUUUUUGCAGUGUACCUCCCUUACGUGUAUAUUUUUAAUUUUUCCCAGAAUCAUUUCUUUGUUCUGUAAUUGACCCACGUUUACUCCACUGGCUGACUGGUUUUGACCCGACAGAUGAAAUUCUCCUUUUUCUGGUGGCCUCAUGUGGUUCAUUUUGGACUGUUAACCGACACGUCACAUCCCGAGCCAUUUCUCGUAUGUUUGUUUCUUCAUUGAUUCGCUUCGGUUUGACAGUUUGAACGAAGGGAUGAGAUUGUCGAGAACGAAAGUUGACCGGGGGAAGGGUUCUCCUGCUUUCACGCUUUUCGGCUCCGGAGAAAAGUCUGGAAGUUCUCGCUCUCUCGUGAGUGUCGUAGGAAACAUGGCGUCUCCGUUCGGUGCCGCGUGCCGAACCGGGCGCACGGUCACUUUUCACGAGCUGCUAAAAUUUUGCAUGUUGGCUUUGCGCUUCCUCCAGGAAGUGGUGGUGUGACAUCACAGAUGGGGGCGGAGUCAUCUGAUUGUAGCCAAUGGCAUCUUUUCGUGUUGAAGCGAAGCCCUUGGGUUCUUUCAGAUUCACCGGUCGUUACGCCGACUUUUACCACGUGUCUUUUAUAUUUUCUUCAUAUUCACUUUAAGUGAUUAACGGUUUUCCUCCUUCCUCUGUGCUGAAUCUCCGGUAAAUCAAGGCAGUGGCUCUAGAAUGUGGAACUCCCUUCAGAGAGAGAGGUGAUUGACGGUCUUUUCAGCCCUGUGACCACAUGAGGACUCACUCACUCACUCACUCACUCACUCUACUACCUCCAGAGAUUUUGUGCCAGGAAACAAUGAGAUGUUCUGGGGGAUGAAACCCUUGGCGUGAGUCAGGUGUCCACUCUUGUCAACGUGGACCGAUGGUCCCGAGGGCUACGGAAGCUGGGGAUCUGGCCAUGAACCCUCCUUCCCUCCCUCUUGUCCUGAUUCCGGCCCCCAAGAGUCCACCUUUAAGCUGUAUAUUUAAGGAGCUAUUUUUGGACCAAAAAUUCUGAGAUAAUUUUACCUGGAUCACUGCAAGACGGAUUGACACACCUUCCAGAUAUUUUUUUCCCUCUUUUUUUCCUAGUUUCUUAAAGUGCUUUAAAAAUGCUUGGAUUCAAGGCUAAGAUGCGACAAAGUGCACACGGCAAUUUGACCUCGAAUCCAAACAGCGUGGCAGACAUGUUCAAGUCGACGAUGGAUUUUUAAAAUCGAGACGAAGUUUUAAGGCUGGGCGCAGCUACACCCCCUGUUCCGCAACGAGAAUGUUUACGUUUCUAUUCUACGGAGGGGAGGAGAAAUGGCUUUACCGAGGCGCUACGUGGCAAAGGCAACGGACAGGGAGCUGCGUCUCCUUCGCGGGAAAUGACGUCGGAAGGAAGAGGCGGAGCCUGGCGGCGUGAGUCGCGUCCCGUCGCCGUUGUUGCGCCAGGUGGAGGCUCCUGUCGGAAGAUCGGCACGAGGAAGGGAGCCCCUCCUUUCCGGGGUCCUUGAGUCAUUUUUCCAUUUGUUUCCCGUUGUUUCUAUUUUAUUUUAUUUUAGCCAGUUGAUUAAUUUAAGCUCCAUAGUAAAAAGGAGGAGGGAGCGAAAGCCCGCUGAGCCCGAGGACUCGAGGCCGUAGGCCCUGCCCGUGGACUUUCUGUCCGGGAAAUGUGGCCCUCCUCCUCUUUUCUGUUGUUGUUAUUAAUUUUUAGUAAUUUUUAUUUUUAUUACUUUCCUGCAUUCGGAAGUCGAAAGGGAGUACCGCAGACAGGACUGCCUCGCUUAAACACGUUUGCACUGAAACGCCUGAUCAGUGGUGGCUCUAAGGUCCAUCCAGAAGGAUGCUCUGUUCAUAGUGUAUAAUAUUUCAUAUGAAAUAAUGACGGUCCAUGAAAUGUCUUCCCUUAACAUUAUGAAUUUAUAACAGCGUCCAAUAACAUUGUUUUUAAUUGUGAAAGUGUACCAUAUUGUAAAUGAUGUUGACCAGUCAUGCUUAGUAUAAUAACUUAAAGCAAAAGAUGAAUCGAGGGGUCUUUUGUAAUGUCUAUAAUAUUUGAAAGUCCCUAUUUGUGUAGUACUGGUGUUUACUGUUCUUGUAGUGUAUGUGAUAUACC